UCGAGAAUUGGUCUGGUGCAGACGUGGCUCUGGAAGCAUUUCUAUUUCGGCGCAAAUGUCGCGAGAGUCGACGCGCUCGAGACGCGGUGGCACGCGGCCGGCCGGCGCCCGCGCAUACUCACACACUUUAGUUUACGCGUAUGUUUCCCGUACGGAACACGUUUAACCUCGUCCACAGACUGUGAACACCCAAUGUUUUGUCUUCCUGCUGACCGUGACAGUAAUUGUGUGCUGAAAAUUACAUUACAUGAUCAUGUGUAUCAAUGUGUGAAUAUCGGUAGUAAGACGGCGCAGUGCAACGAUCUAAAGUUUAUUUUCUUUUUUGUUUAAUGCCUACUUAAAACCAGUUCUGUCGAACUUAAAAACGAUUAAAACAUCGGAGUUCUGAGCUUUAUUGAAGCAUUUUAGUUCAUUAAUCCAUUAAAUGGUGCUUUUUGUGUAAAUAUUUACCUCAAUGCUCUGAAGAUAUAAACUAUUGUGCUAUUAUAACAUUGUAUUAAGUUUGAUUUAAUAUUGACUAUGAAGGUCGAAUAAGUUGUCACCGUGACUCAUGACUACUGACUGUGUUGUGUUAUAACAUAAAACGUGAGAUGUUAUUCCAUUUUUUGUGAACUACUUUUUAACGUGGUUUCAGUUGUAAAUUAGUUGCAAAUGCAAACGUGAUUAUUACUUGCAUUGUUAUUAACUGGUUUAUCCGUAUAUCCGUGACAAUCCCAAUGGUGAGAGAUUUAGAUAUUAAUGACAGUGAAUAAAAGGCAUUCAUUCAUUCCUUGUUUGUUUAGCUAUAGAUAAAACAAAAUAUAUGUCACCCGCAUUUAUGCGUGAUCGCCGUUAAUGUAUGCGCUGCCGAUACCGGUGUUUGUUCAGUGAUAAUGAUGGGGGCAGGCCGCGCGCGCACUACGCUCACUGCUCUCUAUCUUUGCGUAGUCUGAACCACGUGCUUACUCACCUGUCCGAGACUUCCACAAAAGCCAGUGACGUCAGUGUGCUCUAGUGGAGCAUGUAGAGAGUGGAGCGAUGUUUGUGUGAAGUUGAUGGUGAACAGUGUCAGUGACCGGUGUGUGGGGUGGAUAGCGGUUGUGUGUCGGUGCGCCGAUAUGUUGUUGUAUGGUGGCGGGCCAGUCAGAGGGGCUGUACAACGGAGACUCUCAGGUCCCUGCGGAGUUCCAUGCUGUCCUGGGGCAGGGGCGGGGGCUCCGCAGGCAGCUCGAAGCCUAAGCCUGCGCUCGUCAAGCACACGCUGCAGACGCAUUCAAGUGGCGAGGAAGCCGGCAGCGACAGCGAAGCUCAAAGCGCGCUGCUCGCGGGCGCCUCCGCCCUGGCUCGAAGACGACACGCCAUAAGAUUUAAGAGAAAAUCUAAAAUUGCCUACAGAGUUAUCAGACGGACUGGCGAUGUCGGAGGUGCGCGGGUGUUGCGUUCAACCCCCGAUUGGAGCGACAGUGCCAUCAGUGGCGAACACCUGUGGUCGCCCACCUCAGUGUCCGGAGAUUGUUGCUACGUCGGUGAUGCCGAAUGCCAGAAACAUGGGUCUCGUAUGAAGUGUUCGGCAUGCAAGAUAGUCGCGCACACAGCAUGCAUCGACAUAUUGAUGGACCGUGUGCAGUUCACGUGCAAGCCGACUUUCAGGGACGUGGGAGUCAGGCAGUAUCGGGAGCAGACCAUCACUCACCACCACUGGGUCCACCGCCGCUCAGAGAAGGGCAAGUGCAAGGCCUGCGGUAAGUCAUUCCGGCGCAGCUGCUGUCGGUGGUGCAUACCAACUCAGGACACUGUAGACAAGGCUAUAGGAGUAGACAAUGGUGAAAUUGUGAAUUCGCUGCAGGCUAAAUUGUCGUUUAGCUCGAAGGAAAUCGUUGCCUUGACUUGUUCGUGGUGUAAAGACGCCUACCACAACAAAGAAAGUUGUUUCAAUCUCCAGCGGAUAGGAGAAGAAUGCUCAUUAGGGUCGCAAAAUAAUAUAAUAGUACCGCCGUCGUGGAUCGUCAAGUUGCCAAGAAGAGGUAGUUUUAAGUCAUCGCUAAGGAAAUCGCCUAAGAAAAAAAGUGCUUCCAAGAAAAAAGGAAAAGAUUCUAAAAAUGAACAGAAAACGUUCGUUAUUAAGCCAAUUCCCACUGCGAGCGUAAAGCCAGUACUAGUUUUUAUAAAUCCGAAAAGUGGAGGCAACCAGGGAGCGAAGUUGCUGCAGAAGUUCCAAUGGCUACUGAAUCCACGACAAGUAUUUGAUCUCACACAGGGUGGGCCAGGACCUGGCUUGGAGCUGUUUCGCAAGGUGCCGAAUCUGCGCGUGCUGGCAUGCGGCGGUGACGGCACUGUCGGUUGGGUGCUGAGCGUGCUCGACCGCAUCGGGACACGGCCGGCUGUGGGCGUCCUACCGCUCGGCACUGGGAACGACCUCGCACGAGCUCUUGGUUGGGGCGGCGGUUACGAAGAUGAGCCAAUUUCGAAAAUUUUGGCGAAUAUCGGUGAGAGUGACACGGUGUUGCUGGACCGAUGGGAACUGAGCGUGGUGCCUAACACUGCGGCUGCCGGCGAAGACACCAGCAAUGCCAAGCCAGAACUACCACUCAACGUCGUUAAUAAUUACUUCUCAUUUGGCGUUGAUGCUCACAUAGCUUUAGAGUUCCAUGAAGCGAGAGAGGCGCACCCAGAAAAGUUCAACUCUCGAAUAAGAAAUAAGCUGUUCUACGGUACUGCCGGAGGGAAGGAUCUCAUGCAGCGCAAGUGGAAGGGUCUUGCCGAGUUCGUGACGAUGGAGUGCGACGGCAAGGACCUGACGCCGGUGCUCCGGGAGCACAAAGUUCAUGCCAUUGUCUUCUUAAACAUUCCAAGCUACGGUGGUGGGACGCACCCUUGGAACAAGUCAGGGGGAGCCUUUGAACCCUCCACUGAAGACGGCUUAAUAGAAGUAGUCGGAUUAACCACUUAUCAAUUGCCGUUAUUACAAGCGGGAGGACACGGCACCUGCAUCACUCAAUGCAAGACUGCAAAAAUUGUGACAACGAAGGUGAUACCAAUGCAAGUUGAUGGGGAGGCGUGUCGCCUGGCGCCCUCUGUCAUCACUCUCUCGCGGCUCAACCAAGCCACCAUGCUCGCUAAGAAGAAGCCAGGCCGAACCAUCGCACCUCAAACUACAAUGGACAAACUCACCCUAACUGUGAAUCUCAUAACGAUGGCUGAUUAUGAGCGACAUCAUUACGACAAGGAGCUACUCGCAAAGACAGCGGAACAGGUCGGCACUUUGGACGUGAACCCUGCUGCGGACUUGGAACAAAUGCGCGGCCUCAUUCAGAACAUGAUCAAAGAAUCUCAAGCGUACUCGAACCUCACCGACUGGUGGUUUGUCGACUCUGUGACAGCGGAGAGGUUCUUCCGUAUAGACAAGGCGCAGGAGAACUUGCACUACCCGGCGGACAUAGGGCACGACAACAUCUACAUCCUGGACGCGGCGCCGCACACGCCGCACACGCCCGACACGGAGUCCACCGCGCACCCCGACACCACCGCCACCGCCUCGCUCGAGCGCACCGCCGCCUCCGUCUCGCUCGACACCACCACCGGACUCUCCGUCUCACUCGACAUCUCCCAGAGCGUCGACACACCCAGUGCUGCUGUCUCGCUCGAUGUGCCUGAAUCUCAUCCUUGUGAAUCGGGAAUCGGUAGUCCAGCGCGGUCUUCAGAAGAGUUGCUGUCGCCUACGACGCCGCCUCCCAAUGCGGUGCCAACAGCUCCGACGACGCCACUGUCGGUGCGGCCGCCGUCGCCGAUACCGCCGACUCCUACAAGCCCGGGUACAGGGCCGCCUGCUCCACUGAGUCCGGCAGUGGGUCAAACCGAGCCGUUAUCUCCACCUCUAUGCACUAGCCCACCCGCCAAAGACCAUGAACCUACGACUGAUUCAAUAGCACGGUUUAAAACCAUUCAUGAGAAAUUGUUUGGACUUGAGCAAGAAGUGUUUGGCUAUAGAAAUUUAUUGGAAAAAACAUCUGAUGCCCUGCUCAAAGCGGCCAAAGUCGGUGAUCUGAAAAUGAUGAAAGAGUUGCACGCGGCGGGGUACUCGCUGCUGUCGAUCGACGCGACCGGUCAGACCGCGCUGCACGUGGCGGCGCGGUACGGGAACAAGGAGAUCGUGAAGUACCUGAUAGCGUGCGCGCCGACCGCCAUCUUGAACAUGCGCGACAACGAGCGCGGACAGACCGCGCUGCACAAGGCGGCCGCGCACAAGCGGCGCGCCAUCUGCUGCAUGCUCGUCGCGGGCGGCGCGUCGCUCACUCGCCGCGACCACGCCGGCCUCACGCCGCGACACCUCGCACUCCGCGCUGAGGACCACGAUUUAGCCGCAUAUCUUGAAAGUCAGGAACAUUUCCAAUUAGUGUCAGAAGAUUUAGAAACUGCCGUUUAAUCAGUCGAACACAUUGUCCGCAUUCCUGGCGUGGCGGGAACUACCGAGAUAAGUCGCACUAGCGAACUAGUGAUAUAGUGAAAAUGACUGAAGAAUAUUGUUCGAAACACCGAAGUGAUAAUCAGAUCUGGUGUAGAAUUAUAAUAAAAACAUUUCAUUAAUAAAUUAAUAAUAAUUGAAAAUUUAACUUUAAUCAUAAUUAUAUUUUCAUCAUAAAUUAUUAUAAUAUAUUCUAUUAAUUUAUUGAAUUUAGUCGCUGUAAAUGUUACAGAUAAAUAAAUCAAUUUCUAGCCUACGAAACAUGCUAAUUAUUAUUGUUAUUAACGAGCUGAUUCACCUUCGGAUGAAAUAUAAAUAUAUUAUCUAGCAGAUUAUUUCAAAUAAAUUCACUUCCAAGUUGGGAUUAAUCUGCUAGAUAGUAGGUACAUAUCCGGGUAUUGUGAAGCAGGACGAAGCAAUAUUAUGAUAACGAGCUUUUUAAACGAUAUGCAUUAAAUUAUUAAAGUUUUUCCCUUAAUAUCUUUACUGUAACAUUUAUAGUUGUAAUUAAGUAUGAAUUUAGAAUAAACACUUAUAAGGUGAAUCUUUACGCAUUUUGUUUCAAUAUUUUCUCUUUUCUAUUUAAAGGAGUGAGUGUUUUCAUGAUCUAUGAAACAGCUCUGAAGUAAAAAGUGUGUGCCUUUCCCGUAUGUUGUACAAACAACAAGACAGUGGAAUGUAUCCCGCACUUCCAUGUGAAUACAAAAAUGAGAAACAGCGACCUGAAAUGUUAUACGGAACGUGAUAGCUCUCACAAAUUGUGAAUGCAGCUAGCUUGAGACUAAAGUGUGAUUAAUGUUUGCCACAGAAACUUAUGCUCCAGCUCACAUCAGACCCGUGUUCACAACAUCUUCCGCUUCAAAACACAAACAAAAUAAACAAAACGUUCGUAUAAUAUUAGGCAACAGGCCCCUCGUGUAAAAUCAGUCCGAUAGCUGAACACGUAAGAAGUGUGGGCCGAACAUAAAGAAGAUAAUGCCGAGGGAUACAUUCACGCUGUCGACCUUUUGUGUUCUGUCAAAGGAACCUUUCUAAGUACUUGUAUAUUUUAGAAUAAAUUUUACAUCGCUUUACUGACGAAUCGCCUUUCCAGAUUUCCUUAUAAAUUACUUCAAUUAUGAAUCCAUGGGACCCUAACUUACUCUUACUCUACGGAACGAUAAGUCUUUAUGAUAAUGUGAACAUUACCAAGCGAUUUAUUCAUCUUAUGAAUGCCUCUGUAGACCCAAUGAGUACAGUUGUGAUAGUACAAUGUUUUUGUUGCAAGUCAUUCAAUUUGUUUUACGUAUUUUACACCAAUGUGACUAAGUUAUUUUGAUAAAGCUAUACUAUUUACUCGAUCAUUAGGCCUAAAUACUUAAAUACCUACUGUUAUAUAUUAUGUAUAUUAUUGUAUAUGUAUUAUAGAAUUGUUUUUGAUGCAAUAUUUCUUGUAUAAGUGUCCUAAUAUUCUUGUUAUUGUCUUCGGCAAUAAUGAUUUAACUUCUAAGGCUAAAUUAUACUACUGAGUUGUAUGAUACUGAUAAAAUCGGUGUCGUAUAUAUUAUGAUCUCAGUACUUGUAUGUAUCCGUAUUACGGUGUAAUUCUUAUUUCAGUAUGUCCUAAUAAUGAAGAGUUGAGUAUGUAAUAUAGUUUACUUGUUUGUUGCCUCGUAAUGCGUUACUAUGGAGCUAAGUGCACUCACUUGUGGAUCGUGUAGCUUGUAAUGUUGGCGGCGGCGGGCCGGCGCUGGAGCGGUCCCCGGCCCCGGCCGCCGCGCCGCGUCCAAUUGUUAUUUAUUAUCGUCUAUCUCCUGAAUGAUUUGUGCGUUUGUACGAGUUUGGAUCGCUAAGUGUUGUUUAUGUCUAUUACGCCAAUACCUCUACUAGUAGAUGUACCUAAUAGUUUAGUGUUUAUCGAAUUUACUCGUACUACUCGCUGAAAAGCGAACAAUGAAAGACAAAGCUGUGAGAAUUUUGGUCGUAAUGUAAAAAUGUAAGUUCAUUUAUAUCGUAAGUGAAACGAUAUGCAACAUUAUACUUAACACUGUUUUGUGAGUUUCUUAAUUUGUGAUUGUAGAUAGACGUUUUUGAUAUUUACCGUAAUAUUACGUAGAGAAUUAACUCGUUGUUUUGAAGAGUUGACUAUCCCUUCGGGCUUAUUGCAUUCGCGUUGCGAGUUACUCCGCUGAGAUCGCAAGUCCUUUCCCUCUGGAGCCGUCGAGCUCUUCAAUAAGAUAACAUUAAUCGAUGUCGCAUUGGUUAGAUAGUUAAUUAUAAUCUACGAGCGUUACGUCUUAAUAAUAUUAAUAUUUAAAAGUGAGAUAUUAUAAUAAUAGAGCCUAUUUGUGGGCGUCAGUUUAAUCUUUAAAUCGUUAGUGAUACUUUUCCUAUGAGAUAUUAUUAUACUUAGUCUUGUACAUACCGUAUUGGAGGCCUUCAUUCAAGUAGUAUAAAGUGUGACUCUUUACACGAUUAGUCUAGUAUUAUCUCAUGACCAAGUUCUGUCUAAGAAAGGAAAUGAAUAUCACUAGGUUAAACAUUUUGAGCUCUUAGGUAAGGGCUGCUUUUGGAUCGAAUAUUUACUAGAUUUAUGAGGGAAACCCACUGUUUUACCUGUGUUGCAUAUUUUUUCAUGCUGAACCUUAAUAUGCCUUCUACGUAUCGUCAUCGUUAGCAUACAAGGUGUGAAAUUCUGCGUAUGAUAAUCAACAGAUAAUUAUGUUUUCGUUUCUGAAGAAACUGCAAGGUUGUCUUUUUUUCAUCAAGAACAAGUAAUUUAAAGACAGAUUCUAAAAAUCAUCAUCUUGUGAAUAUAACGAAUAGUACCAGCGUUUUAAUUUGUACAUUUACUUGCGUGACUGUGGCUUAUAAUGCCCACGUUAACAAGAUAAUACAUAAGAGUGUAAAACUCUAAUACCGAAACGUACCAGGACUAGCAGUUCCCUAUAUUGAUAACGACAAACAUCAGUCGCUAAGUCUGAAACUAUAUUAAAAGAUUUUAAACAUACUUACCAAAGAAUAAGGUUGAAAAUGUUUUAAAGAAAAUUCACAACUUAGCGACCGAUUUGUGCCCUCACCAAUGUCGGGACUACCGGUCCAGGUUAAUACGUGCAAUACAUUACUUGAGAGAACCUUUCAUAAUAAUUCUAUAACAGGUUGUGUUGACAAGUGUACAAGUAUAACAUGCUAAGUAUGUGUUAAUCCUCUGUUACUCUAGCCAUAUUUAUAUUAAAUUAUAUUAUGAUUAGUGAAACCAAUGUUUAAUGUUUUUAAGUUUGAACUAUUUUCCUAAGCACAUGCAGCAUUCCAUUCAAACUAUAGAUACCUAUUGCCUUUAUAUGUUUUAUGUAUAUUUACUUCGUCUUUCAUUGUGUUAUAAAAUUCUAUUAUUCUUGUUAUCUUGUGAGUAUUAACAAAGUAUGGUCGAGCUAUUAAAAUUUCGAUAUAAGUAUACAUUCUUAUAUGAUCAGCUUGGUUUUGGGAUUUCGUGUUCGCAGAAACCAAAUGUAAUAAAUUAAAUGAUAAAUAUUUUAUAGUAUUAAUCACAAAAUCAGUUGUGACUUGUACUUAGGACUAAUACUUUUAAAUUCUCGUUAUUAAAACACUGAAAUGGUGUAUGUGGACCUUGUUAUAUUAUUUAUGUUCGUACAUCAUUACUUUCACAUUUUAAAACAUAUUUUCGUUAACAAAUUAUUUCCACCAUAUUCACGAAACGAAACCCCUAUCAAGCGAUCAAAUUCGCAUUUUCGAACUUUUUUUUGAGCGUAAUAAUAUGUAAAUGGAAUAGACCCCUGAGAUCCUAUGCUGUGCUGUUUCGACGCGGAUUAUCUUUACAUGAAUAAUAAUUUAUUACUUUCCGUCAAAUAAUAUUUACGUGAUAAUGUUUAUACUAGCCCAGUUUGCUUAGUUUAGCUCUUACCUGCACCUAAAGAGAAGCAAAACCUACGACAACAUCUUACCACCUAGCACACGUCAUGUGGUCUAUUCAAGUUCCUUUAACGCGUGUACUUAUUAAGGUAAAAUGUAUUUUAAUCUAAUAAACUUAUGGUAUAUUAUGUAAAAGACACAAUCUUGUAUAAAUUGGCAGCUGCGACGUGAAGCGAGAGUGUAUAAGGGCACUGAUCAAUAUGUAUGUACUCACUGUGAGGUUAAUUAAAUGAUUAAUAGCUAAUGUCGUUUCCUCCUAAUUCACCUCCCGAGUUUGCCAAGAACCCUCUUUAUUUCACUAACGAACACAUUAGAUUGUUCUGCAGUAUAAAUGAUUUAGCGAAGUUAUAAAUGUAAUUGUUCCGAGGUACUAAUCGAAUUCUAUAAAUAAUGGUUCCAGUGUAGCUUUUACGUUGCAAUAUUUGUUUCAAAUGAGUUUUGUCAAAAAAUAGACAAAAUCGAAAAAUUAUUUGAAUGAAACAGUCAUUUAUGUCAGAAACAUGGAGUACAGAAUUGUGUUAGUUGUUCGGAAACUAAACGGGCGCCCAAUUACAAUUCACAUAAAAAAGAAGAAAAAACGUGAGUGUACAUAAAGUCACAAGUACACAUUCGAGGAAAAAGUUUGUUUAAAACAUGGUUUUCUAUUACAAAACAUUUAUUUUAUAGGAGAAAAUAAAUACGGAUGCUCUCUCAUGGAAUAUAGAGUAACGAAGCUCCUGAAGAUUUUCUCGAUAAGCCGAAACAUUUCUCCUCUGCAACCUUUUGCUGCGCAGAUUAAAUGCAUCGUGCGUCAGCUCGUAUAAACUUAAUCCGUAUUAAAGCCCACUCCAUUUACCCACUCAGGCUACACGUUGGCUAAUAAAUAAUAGAAAUUUGCUCAAUUACUACACACCUACUCUCUAUACUAAACACAUAUCUAGAUAAUACUCCAUUACCUAAGCUUUAAAUCUACUUACAAUACAAUUUCUACCUCAUAGUUAUUACAUACAUAUGCAAAGAAUGUGCGAUAAUAUAUUAACUUAUUGUAAAUCCUUGUACCAGUAUAUUACCUACGUAAAUAUAGCCUUUUUCAAUAUAGUUUACCAAGAAGCAUAAUGAUCUAUUUAAGUAGGUAUUCUUACGAAGUGUGUGUAACGACACUGUCUACUUAUUCAAUUACUCUGUAGUAACAAACUGGAUAUUAAUUACGUAAACUAUUGAAAAAUUAAAUGGUAAUAAGUAAAAUUAGAGUUUUGAGAGCACUAAUUUCAAUGUAAGUACAUGAUACUUAUUUUUGCACUCAAUAAAGUCACUAUUUUAAAUAAAAUUAUUAAAAUCAAGUACACUGAAAGAACAAUAAAUAAAGUACGACCUAA